AUGGUCGACUUGACGGGUACGGUCGCUUUGGUCACUGGCGCGAACUCUCCUGGCGGUAUCGGCUUCAACAUCGCACAGCAGCUUUCGAACAAAGGCGCAAAAGUGUAUAUCGGCGCAAGGACUGCUGAGAAAGCGCAGGCUGGUAUUGACACGCUCAAGAAAGCCAACCCCAACGCCGAAGUGCUUCCCUUCGUCGCGGAAAUAGCGGACCUCAAGCAGGUAAGGGAAGCGGCGGCGAAGAUGUUGGAGACGGAGGAUCGCCUUGAUAUUCUGGUGAACAAUGCUGCUAUGUCAGCUCCACCGGAAGAACAAACGUCGUAUGGUGUCUCGCGCACUUAUGCCGUGAAGUCAAACCCGGUAGUGUCAACUUCGAAACCAAGGAGUCCUUCAGCGCCGUCUCUACCGACAUUCCCGAAGGCAUGCGCCUCGCCCACCAAUACUGUACCCGUCUCCAAACUCGCGAACAUCCUCUUCAUCAAGCAAUUGCAGAUGGUACUCGACGCAGAAGGUGUGCCGGCAGUCGCUCUCGCUGUUGAUCCUGGGAACGUCUGCACGGAUGGAUGCAUCAGGUUUGUCGGCGAGGCGCGGGCAAGUCAAUUGCCUUAUAAGCCUCUCGAUGGUGCUACGACCCCGCUGUUCGCUGCCGCCGCGCCGGAGGUGUGGGCGGAGAGGGAGAAGUACGCUGGCGCGUACGUGGUCCCCUUCGGCCAGAUCGCACCAGGCAGCGAGCUCGCCCGAGACGAGGCGCUGGCGUCGAAGCUAUGGGACCUCUCCGAGCGCGUCGUCAACGAGGCGCUCGCGAGCUGA